AUCCCUGGCUAGUGAAAAAAGACUAAAAGGGAAAAGAUGGUCAUUCCUCCUUGACAAAGCGACAAAAGAAAACUGGGAGGAUUAUAAAACAAAACUAGACAGCUCACUUAAGAAGAAGCUGAACAUCAUAAGAGAUGAGCAUGACCUAGCUUAUCUAGAAUCACUAAACAAAGAUAACUUGUGGGACAUAAUUGCAACAAGCAUAAUCAAAUGUGCAAGAUCAACUCUUCUAGGGAAGAAAUCCACAGUAGGAAAACCUGUCACAGGAAAAAAGAGAGAGAGCAGAAAUAUUAAAAAAGAUCUGAAAAUAAUUAGAGGCAUGUGUCAACAAUGUUCUUCAAAAAUAG